UUAUGGCAAUCCGUUAAAACAUAAUGCAGGAUCCAAGUAACAAUGACCCAUUUGCAGGAGAUCCCUGGCCCCAGCAUGAAAUACCAGAGCCUAUUAUGGAAGAAAAUGGUGUCAGGAGUGGGGCCUCUGAUAACUCACAUGGUGAGAGUGAAAAAGAGCAAUUACUGGGUGGCACCAAUGGUGCAGGGCCUGAUGCUAAGGGUGACCAUAUCAAUGAAUCAAGUUUUGAGGUAAACGCUCCCAGUAAUAGAGGGAAACCACCCCUCUUUAACAUCUUAAACACCAGAUUACAAUCCCACCAGAAAGAUGACAAGGCCAAAGGAUCAAACAAUGAACAUGCCACAGAAUCAGAGCGGCAUGUGUCAUUUAAAACUGAUGAUAAUUAUGAAAAACUAGACAGUGAACCAAUUGAAUUUGUAUUUUUGCCCAAAAAAGCUGCAAAAUUUGGUCGUGGCUCGAGUAGCACAGAUUUUUUUGAGCACCUAUUACAGGAAAAAGAUGAUCCUUUUGAUGAUGAGACAGAUUCACCAGAACUUCCUCACGCUGUCGGCAGCAUUCAGACCAAAGACACUAUAGAAAAUUUACAAGAAAAGCAGGAGCACAAGAUUUCAUAUGGUAUUCUCAAGUCUGAACAAGGAAACAGAUCUUUUCUCAAAGACCGUUUGACAGCAUCCUUACGCGGCAAGCAAAGCAGUGCCCCUGUUAAGGGUAGUGAAAAAUCCCCUCUGCUUGGGAAACACAGUAGCCCUGAAAGCCCUGUCAGCUUGAUUAAUUCCUCCCACCCUAGACAUUCUUUGAAAGAUGAAGAAACUCCAAAUCUCUCUUCUCCCACAAGAUCCUACAAUUCCUCAGAGGAUGACUCUCAAUUUCACAAUAUUUCAGAGGACACUGAUCAGCACCCUUCACCUAGUAUUCUUUCAGAGGGUGAGUUUCUAAUAAAUUUGUGUUUUCUUCCACUAGUCUAGCAUGCUCUAUUUUUUCACUUUCUAAAUCUUAUGAGAUCUUUAAAAAUUACGCACCUGCAUAAAGCAGCAUUCAAAUUCAGGUUAAGAUUUGAAACUUUCCAUGGAAAAUGAUUAGUAUGAAAAUAUAUUAUUGAAAAGAUGUAUGUAUUUUUUUUUUUAAAGUUUGGCAUUUUUUAAAAAGAAUAAAUAGUAUAAAAAGACAGCUAAGUAUUUAUUUUUAGUCAAACCUUCAUUUAUUAAUUUUUUAAAGUUUAAAUAAAAAAGUUUCCCGUUAAUAAUCAUACAUAAAUUAUUUAUAUAUUUUUUUUGUUUAACUGUCAGAGGGUGAAGGUGUGUGCAGCAAAUAUUCUCAACUCUCAGACCAUGGAUCUUCUACAUCUUCUCCACUAACAUCUGGAGAAAAUGGGGAAAAGAG